AUGUCGUUCAUUGACGACGACCUGCGGCGAAUCGAUGCUGCCCUCGACCGGUUCCAAUUGAAGGAGGCGGAGGAAAGGGUGUCCGCUGCGACGACCGAAGGAGAACAAGUCGCUGCUACCCCUGUCGAGGAUGCUCGAACUGCAGAACUCAAAGCAGUAGUCAGAGCAUUAUCGACAACUUCAAGCUCGAGGCCCCUCCUACGUCGUUCUAGAUUGCGCAGUCUGCUACGUCAACUUGGCAGAAAAGAGGGCGAGCAGGUGGCCGUUGAGACAAUUUCACCAGACAUUUCAAACCUGGAGUGGAUUGCAAUAGGCAAGGCAACAGCCCAAGUCUACGGGCUGAUCCUCAAUUCUCUUCUGGAUCGAACAAUUCCCCUAAGCGAGUCCAUCUGGUACUGGGAUGACAUCUUGAGUUCCUACGGAAAUAUUCUCCUCUACACAAUUCAGACAUCUCCCUUGAGGUUCUGGGAGCAGGCGAAGGACGUGUAUACCGAUGCACGACAGAAAUUUCUGCAAGGCCAUAAUCUCACGGUCUCCGCGAGACAAGCUACAACAACAGUAACCGAGGGUUGGCGUGAGUUCUAUGGCCUGGUUCAAAACAGCAUUCGAGAGCGCUCUUUGACCCAAGCCCAAACGAAGAUCCUGUCGCCGUUCUCAAUAGCCCGCAUGCAAGCACGGAAGAAUUUAGAGCGCAUACAACAUCUCAGAAAGUCCAGUGCUGGAACAAUCGGCAGACUUGUUAGGGAGUGUCUUGUCUUUGGUGGGUCGAUGGAAGACCGCAGGCAUGGUGCCUUGUUACAAGUGCUGGACGCCGAAGAAGAUGACUGGCAGACCACGAUAGCUCGAGCGGCGUAUCUGCUAGAUAGCUCUUCAAGGAAUCAAGAUGAUAUGGAAGAGUUCAGUUUUGACCCACAAACGGCCUCCUCAACAGAAGUUGCCAAUCUCUUGGUCAAAAUUCUCGAUGAGCGUCUUCCAAAGCAGGAAAAAGAAGCAUAUGACUUGCGGCUACAAUACGGCAAACCAUCGAGAUUGGUUCGCUAUUGGAUUCCUGCCGUUGGCCUCCUCCUCUCAGGAAGCACGCUGCUUCGGAUCCUAGUCAACAGAAAAGCCGAGAUUGCCCAAUGGUUCCGAGAUCUUGGCCAGACGAGCAUCGACUUCUGGACCAACUGGGUCAUCGAGCCGACGAAGAAACUCGUGGGCACAAUCCGCCACGACGAGCAGAGCGAAAUAGCGAUCCAAAGCCGCGACAGUCUUCGAGCCGACAGGGAAAGUCUGGAGCGGAUGGUGGUUGAUUUCGCCAUUCAACAUCCCGACGAGAAGGGGGCCAAUUUCACAGAAGCAGAGAUCGCGGAACUCAGGGCGAAAGUGAAGGAAGGGGACCUCACCCCGGUUCUAAGGGCAUAUGAAAGAGAGAUGCAAAGCCCCAUCAAGAACGCCAUCAUGGGCGACCUGGUCCGCACCUUACUCAUCCAAGUCCAGAAGACCAAAGUCGACGUGGAGGUGGCGAUCGGUGGAAUAGAUUCUCUGCUCAAGAGCCAAGAAUUGCUGUUCGGCUUUGUUGGCAUCGCCCCGGGGGUGCUCAUCUCCUAUUUCCUCUUCCAAUGGCUGAGAGGUGUUCUUGGUGGCCGCAAGGGUCUGCGCCAGGGCAUCAGAAAGGGCGAGACGAUUCGUCUGAUCAGAAACAUCGACCGCACACUGACAUCCUCGGACCUCGAUAUCGAUCAAGGCAUCAUCUCCGAGGAAAACCACGGCUUUCUCCUCUGCGAGACUCACCUGCUGCGUCAACGCGCCGCCCAAGUGCUGCCCCGGAGCGUGUGGCGAGAAUUUCUCGAGGACCUGGACGAUCUCCUCGACGUCAAGCAGGGCGUCAAUCGGCAGAUGCAGGUGGUGAGGAGGAUCGAAUGGGCCUAUGCGAAAUGGUUGGGCUAG